CUUCAAGUUGGCAGGCCCAGUGCCGGGGGCCAUCUUUAUUUCUGGCAGGUCAGCUGACUUGGACUAGAUCAGGGCCAACACGUAGGCGACAGCCCUUUUCUCUAGGGAGCGGAUGAGGCCCUCCCUGCACACACUUCCCAUCUCUCCGCGCGCGCCCCCGCCUUCUCGGUGAGCCUGUUUGGCGGGAAGUUGGCUUAGUUGGCCUACCUGUGGCUCGGCGCGUUCCCUGGUCCCCGCCUUGUUUCUCCCCAGAGGCUUCUCAUCCUCCCUCGGUGAUCUCGGCGUAGGGCAUAGUACCCCAUCUCACGGAGGACGCGAUGGCUCCCAGGAAACGCCCAGAAACCCAGAAGACCCCCGAGGUGGUUGUGCGUCCCAAGAGCAAGAGGAACAGAAGCCCCCGGGAGCUGGAACCCGAGGCCAAGAAGCUCUGUGUGAAGGGCCCCGGUACUGCCUGCGCCUGCUGCUUUAAUAAUUCUGCCAUUUGGGGUUCUCACGCAGGAGGCUGGAGUGGGGGUUCUAGCAGAAGAUUUGACUCAGGCUGCCUUUGGGCGGGGUUGGCUAGCCUGCGGGUCUCGGCAUCAUGCAGCAGCAUCGUCAGGGCCCUCCACCAGCAUAAGCUGGGCAGAGCUACCUGGCCAUCACUACAGCAGGGUCUUCAGCAGUCCUUUUUGCACUCUCUGGCUUCUUACCGGAUAUUCCAAAAGGCUGCCCCUUUUGACAGGAGGGCCACAUCCCUGGCAUGGCACCCAGCUCACCCCAGCACCGUGGCUGUGGGUUCCAAAGGGGGAGAUAUCAUGCUCUGGAACUUUGGCAUAAAGGACAAACCCACCUUCAUUAAAGGGAUUGGAGCUGGAGGCAGCAUCACUGGGCUGAAGUUUAACCCUCUCAAUACCAACCAGUUUUUCACCUCCUCAAUGGAGGGAACCACUAGGCUGCAAGACUUUAAAGGCAACACUCUCCGAGUUUUUGCCACCUCAGACACCUGCAACAUCUGGUUUUGCAGCCUGGAUGUGUCUGUCAAAAGCCGAGUGGUGGUCACAGGAGACAAUGUGGGGCAUGUGAUCCUGCUGAACAUGGAUGGCAGGGAGGUGCGUUCCCUGAAGCCAGGUCCUCCCCCUACCUCCCUGACCCCCAUCCUCGGUUCUGUGUCCCCUCCUGAACUGAGCUCUUCUCUGCAGCUUUGGAAUCUGAGAAUGCACAAAAAGAAAGUGACCCAUGUGGCCCUGAACCCAUGCUGUGAUUGGUUCCUGGCCACAGCCUCCGUAGAUCAAACAGUGAAAAUCUGGGACCUGCGCCAGGUUAGAGGGAAAUCCAGCUUCCUCUACUCGCUGCCGCACAGGCAUCCUGUCAAUGCAGCUCAUUUCAGUCCCGAUGGAGCCCAGCUCCUGACCACUGACCAGAAGAGUGAGAUCCGGGUUUACUCCGCCUCUCAGUGGGACUGCCCCCCAAGCCUGAUCCCGCACCCUCACCGCCACUUUCAGCACCUGACACCCAUCAAGGCAACCUGGCAUCCUCGGUACAACCUCAUUGUCGUGGGCCGAUACCCAGAUCCUAAUUUCAAAAGUUGUACCCCCCAUGAAUUAAGGACGAUUGAUGUGUUUGAUGGAAGCUCAGGAAAGAUGAUGUAUCAGCUGUAUGACCCAGAAUCUUCUGGUAUCAUGUCGCUCAAUGAGUUCAAUCCCAUGGGGGACACGCUGGCCUCCGUGAUGGGUUAUCACAUUCUCAUUUGGAGCCAGGAGGAAACUGGGAUGCGGAAAUGAGAGACAUUAAUGAAGGUGGGGGCCAAGCAAGGGCUUGGAGCCACAUGAGAACAAGUCCUGCGAGAAGAGGCGGCUUUGUGUUAAAGGGCCAGAGGUAUCCAAGCCUUAGGGUUGGAGCAGGGGCACUGGGACUGGGAAACUGGCAUGUUACUGCUCGGGACUUAGCUCCAGAAAUUUCUCCAGAGUUGGCGACCCAGCUGCCCCAAGGGUCGCUGCUGUAUCUAUCCUGCAGCCAAGCUUCUUGUCUUUCUCCUCUCUGACACACAGUGGCAGAGUGAUCAGGUAGUGGGUUUUGAUUUGCGCUCACUAUUGACAUAGCCAAUAAAACCAUACCCAAUUGAG